AUGGCGAUCAAGAUGAACUACCGAGAAGUUGAGUUAGCAGAAGAGUCAUGGAGCAAGGGACAAAUGAAGGAGAGGUUACAGUGCCUAGGAGAAAGCUGCAGUUGGAGUUUACGAGCUUCAAGCUUGAACAAAUCUGAAAUGUUCAAGAUUAGAGAAUUUGAAAGCGAACACACUUGUUUGUUGCUACAUAAUUCAUUAUCGGAAAGGCUAGCAACUAAGAGUGUUGUUGGGAGUAUUAUUGUGGGUAAAUAUGCUGAACCAGAUGCUAAUUACACACCAAAAGACAUACAACGUGACAUGUUAGCUGAAUAUGGUGUGCGACUCACAUAUAUGCAAGCUUGGAGAGCUAAAGAAGCAGCUCUUGAAUUAAUCCGGGGUGAUCCAAUUCAAUCAUAUGCAAAGUUGCCAAGCUACUUUCACAUACUAGAGGCGACUUACCCUGGUUCUCAUAUAAGAUUUCACAAAUCAGAGGAUGAACGUUUUUUAUAUGCGUUUGUAGCUUUGUUCACCUCGAUAAAAGGAUGUGAAUAUUGUAGACCAAUUGUAGUUGUUUAUGGAACUUUCUUAAAAGGAGCAUACAAAGGGACACUGCUAACUGCUAAUACCUUAGAUGCAGCAGGGAGUAUAUUGCCACUUGCUUAUGCUAUUGUCGAUUCAGAGAAUGAUUCAUCUUGGAGGUGGUUUUUUGAGCAAUUCAGAGAUGCAUUUGGUCAAAGACCAGAGAUGUGUAUCAUUUCCGAUAGGCAUGCAAGCAUUAUUAAGGCAGUUUCAACAAUUUAUGAUGAAGUACCUCAUUUUGCAUUUUACUGGAAUAACCCAGUUGAGCUUGAGGCUUGGAAAUGUCUUGCUGAGUAUAUUUGUCAGGUUGGGGAAUUUGGGUGA